CACCACGGGAGACCUGCAGACCCACCUGCUAGGCAAGGAGAGAGCAGGGCUGUGCCACACACGCGGCCUGACAGCUCCUCCCCCACCGCGCUGGCCCUCCAUGGAAGCCUUGGUCUGUGCGUUCUCUGAGCUGCGCAUCAGAGAAGAUGCAGUGGGCCGGGCCCAAGGACACCUCAGCCACCUCGACACACCGCUCAACAUCUAUGAGGGGGGGCUGGGGAACCAGCAGCAGCAGUGCCCCGUUGCCCAGGGCAGCAAGCCCAAGAACUUCCGGCUGCGCCACCUCCGGGGCCUGGCUCUCUACCUGCCGGGCCACAUGCAGCCUGCUGGCCAAUGUAAAAGCCAUUGGCUGGGCCAGCUCAUGACCGGCGGCUGCCUGCCACAGCCUGAGGGCUCUGCCUGGCUCCUGGUGCUGCCACAGGGGCCUCUGGGCCCAGGUAACAGCCGUUGCUCAGCCCUUCUGGAAGCCCAAGUGCCCGGGGACAGCCUGAGAAGCACAGCUUCCAGUUCCAGCUCAGACCAGACCCAGGACACGCCCUCCCAGCCUGGGGCCCCUGAGGGCUUGGGGGUCAGGCCCAAGAGGUCCUGGGGGGCCUUGGAGGAGACCAUUUGCCCCUUGUGCAAGAGAACCCGCUCUGGGGCCCUGGAGAGGCAGUAGGGACCCUCGAGUGCCAGGGCUGUGGACAGCAGGGCAAAGGAUGGCAGUGCUGGCGGUGGCCAGAGAGGCGGGUCCAAAGAAUGGGGGGGCGGAGCCCCUCCCCACAGUAGCCCUCCCCACCGAGCCACCCUGGCAGCUGUCCGGUGGCACCAGACCUGGGCCAACCCCGGGGAAAGGCCGGGGGGAGGGAGGGAGGAGGUCCUGUGGGAGGGACGGAAGACACGUAAGCACAGCCGUGCCCUCGCAGCCUCAGCCUCACAUCAGCCACUGGCACCUGGGAGGCAGGGCCGAGCGGAGCAUCAGGUUCCCGAGAGGUGGGGGGCCCUCAGGUCUAACGUCAAUAAAAGCAAGGCC